AUGGAUGGGAUUACAAGGGCUGUCACCUUCUAUGACAUCAACUGUCAAUACAACAAGCACUUGCGUGUUCAGGGUGGAUCAAGGCCGAUUUCUGACAAUGGUUCCGGAAUUGACCUGUCAUUCCCGGAAUUGGGCUGUGGCACAUCCACUGGACAUCAGGAUAGCUGCUAUGUCAGAUAUGCGUCGAAUUUCAUUGAAGGCAUUGGUCGCAUUGAUGGAGAGAUCAUGGAGACCCUAUGGGCACGUCUCAACCUGAUUUCUCCUGCUGCUCAGGGAAUGUCUUCCCCACAUCGGAAGGAAUGUCUUGAUUUCCAGAUGAACGAUUCCAACUUUUGCAAGAUGAUCCGCAUGAAGAGGACCCUUUGCCGGAAAUACAAGCAGGCGAAGAAUGGCAUCGCCGAAAGUGGAAAGGCUUUCGACAGACUCGACGAAGCCUGCACCAGCCAACUUAAAGACAGACUGGUUAGCAAAAUACAAGAUCCAGCUGCGAUGGAUAUAUAUGAGAUUAAUAUCAAGAAGGCACCGAGCAAAAAGGAGAUAGAGCUUAGACUGCUGCAGGAGGGUAAUGCCCGUCAUGCAGCACCCUCUCGCAGAUCUGUGGCAACAUGGAUAUCAAUGGGCCUGGCAAUUGAAGAGGCUCAAAUCGCAUUGCACAUUGAGGUCCGAAGAAUAGGAAAAAGAACUACCGAGACUCAGAGAUUAGACAUUGCCCGGCAACGCGAUCGUCUACAAGGCCAGAUAGAUGCAUUCACUCAGACUGCUCUGACGCAUCUGGGAGAGGGAUUUGAUGCAGAUGACGACCCUGACGAUUUGAAUAUAGACAUUCUCGAUGAUCUCGAUGAUGACCUGGAGGAUUUCAUUGGGAAGUCCGAUACAUGGACAAACUCCCCCGAGCUCACUGUCAUCCCAUUGCCAUCAAACCUAGGGGUAGAUCGAUCCAAACAUUGUAUGGCAGAGGAUCUGAUUCCGCUGGAGUUGUCGCUUCGUGAAGGACAGGCCAAUGAUGCCCUUCACAACCUCCGAAUUCACUUGUGCAACAAGGCAAUACUCUUCCGAACAACAGUUAGGCAAGCCAAAUCUCAAGCAUUGAAAACCUGA